AUGCCGCCACAGGGUAAUGCCGCUGCAGCCGCGGCUAUCUAUGAUCAUGCUGCCGGCGGCUCCCUGCAAAGUUCAUCCACUGAUGCUGGAGACGCCGUUAUGGCGCGGUGGCUUCAGUCUGCCGGCUUGCAGCAUCUCGGCUCUCCAUUUGCCUCGUCCGGCAUUGAUCAUCGCCUCUUCCCCAACCUUCUAAUGCAGGGUUAUGGAGCACAGUCUACUGAAGAGAAGCAGAGGCUUUUGAAGUUAAUGAGAAACCUCAAUUUUAAUGGAGAAUCUGGUUCGGAGCUGUAUAUGCCCAACACUCAAACUUUGGGUGGAGUCGCAGCAUCAGAUGGGUUUUUUUCACCUGAGUUCAGAGGUGAUUUUGGAGCUGGGCUUUUGGAUCUUCAUGCCAUGGAUGACACAGGGCUUUUGUCUGAGCAUAUGAUUUCUGAACCUUUCGAACCAUCACCCAUCAUACCCGGAGAUACUAGAGCAUUUGAAGAUGAUUUCUAUCCAACUAACAGCAAGCUUGAAAAAGAAGCAGAUGUUGACGCAUCAAUCAAUUUACCUGUGAAUGAAAAAGAGAAUAGCACAAGGGAGAAUAAUGUCGCCAAAAUUAAAGUCGUGGUACGUAAAAGGCCUUUAAACAAGAAAGAGCUUGCUAAAAGAGAGGAUGAUGCUGUAACUGUAUCUGACAAUGCUUAUUUGACAGUCUAUGAACCUAAACUAAAGGUUGAUCUGACAGCUUAUGUGGACAAGCAUGAGUUUUGUUUUGAUGCCGUUCUUGAUGAGCAUGUUACUAAUGAUGAAGUAUACCGAGCUACAGUUGAACCAAUUAUUCCUACAAUUUUUGAACGAACCAAAGCUACCUGUUUUGCUUACGGCCAGACAGGAAGUGGCAAAACAUACACAAUGCAACCUUUACCGCUCAGAGCUGCAGAAGACCUUGUUCGACAGUUGCAUCAGCCAGUUUACCUGAGUCAGAAAUAUAAAUUGUGGCUUAGCUACUUUGAGAUAUAUGGUGGAAAGCUAUUUGAUCUUCUUAGUGACAGAAGAAAACUUUGCAUGAGGGAAGAUGGACGGCAGCAAGUUUGUAUUGUAGGAUUGCAAGAAUUUGAAGUUUUUGAUGUUCAAAUUGUCAAAGACUUCAUUGAAAAGGGAAAUGCUUCAAGAAGUACAGGAUCCACGGGUGCUAACGAGGAGUCCUCCAGGUCGCAUGCUAUCUUACAAUUGGUUGUAAAGACGCACAAUGAGGUGAAAGCAGGCAAGCGAAACACUGAUGGAAAUGAGGCAAAAAGUGGGAAGGUUGUGGGGAAGAUAUCUUUUAUUGAUCUUGCUGGAAGUGAAAGAGGUGCUGACACUACUGAUAAUGAUCGUCAAACACGGAUAGAAGGAGCUGAAAUCAACAAGAGCCUUUUAGCUUUAAAGGAAUGCAUUCGUGCUUUAGACAAUGACCAAAUCCAUAUUCCAUUCCGAGGAAGCAAACUUACAGAAGUGCUGCGGGACUCUUUUGUAGGCAACUCAAAAACUGUUAUGAUCUCUUGUAUAUCUCCAGGUGCUGGAUCUUGUGAACACACGCUUAACACCCUGAGAUAUGCUGAUCGGGUUAAAAGUCUUUCCAAAAGUGGAAAUCCUAGAAAAGACCCGAUCCCCAAUUGUGCACCUCAAACUAAUAAGGACGUUUCAUCUACAUCAACCCUUCCAGCUAGUGACCGUACAGAGGAUUUUAGUAAUCAAUGCCUAGAGAAACCAAUGGACUUGGGCAGGAAACCAUUUGAAAUGGAGAAUACUAUGUAUAGUUCUGCUGCCAUUGCUGACAAACAGAUACCUAGUAUUUCUUCAAAUUACCUAUCAAAUGGGCGAGAAGAAAAAGGCAUUACUUCUAGUAUUUCUUCAAAUUACCUAUCAAAUGGGCGAGAAGAAAAAGGCAUUACUUCUGCUUCAAUGGAGAGAAAAGGUUCUAAAGAUGAAAGGUCCGAAAGGCCUACAAACUUGAUGAAAAGGGAUAUCAAUGGAUCCGAUCCCUCGACUACAUGCUCCAAGCAGCAGACCACAGGGAAUCACAACACUGUUACCACCGGAUCUAGGCUUUAUGUAGCAGAAUCCACUCCUGAUGGAAAUAUCGAUGCAGUACUUGAGGAGGAAGAAGCACUAAUUGCGGCUCAUAGGAAAGAAAUUGAGGACACAAUGGAGAUUGUACGCGAUGAAAUGAAUCUCUUGGCAGAAGUGGACCAACCAGGAAGCCGUAUGGACAACUAUGUAGCCCAAUUGAAUUAUGUGCUUUCUCGCAAAGCAGCUAGUCUUGUGGGUCUCCAAGCUCGCCUUGCAAGAUUCCAACAUCGACUAAAAGAGCAGGAGAUUCUAAGUAGAAAAAGAGUCUCCCGUCAAUAA